CAAAUAUCGAAUUACCGAAUACCAAUUUUCAAAUUUUUCUAUUCGGUUCGGUAAUUCAGUUUUCGAUAUUUUAUGCUCAGCCCUAGUCAAGCGUGAUACCUAUUUUCUCUAUUUUAAUUAGAAAAGUUAUUUUCUAAUUCCUGAAAAAAAAAAAUUAAAAUAUUUCGACCGACCAAACGUAUGAAAAUUAGAAAAUAUUUUCAUUCCCUACGAAACACACCCAAAAGCAUGAUGUUUUCCCCAUAUUAAACAGAACAAUAUAUACACAUGUAUGAAGGAUUUUUAAUUAAUCAAAUGGACAGUCUAUUCACCCAUUUUCUUAAAAAAAAAAGUUAAGAACGUUAUGAAUGACAAAUUAUACGUAUGAUAAAGUUAAAAUAGUGCCGAAGUAGAAGCAAAACCAGAGAAAUCAAUGAGUUAGUAGUAGUUACUAGUAAGAUGCAUAACCAUUGUUGCAAUGCCUUUUUUAAGAACCAACCAAUACUACCAAUGGAUGUUUACUUGGUCAAAUUAUACGUACGUACAGUAUGCAAAUUCAUUCCUAUUGAAUCGGGCCUCUCUAUUUCUAAUCUUUGUAUUUAACUGUCUCUUCUACUAAUUUUCCAAUCUAGAUCAAAAUUAAUUAAUAUUUUUUUUUUAGAAAAAAAAAAGUGACAAAUUUAAUUUAAAAGGGAUACAAAAACUAGAGAAAAAGUGCGUCAUUAAGACAAAUAAUGCCCAUUGAGACAAUGGCACCAGUGGCAGCACCAACACCUACACCUGCCGCAGCAGCAGCACCACCAGCAGGAGCUGCACCAGCAACCAACAAUGAGGCUCAGAAAAAAAGUAACAGAAUUCAAGUGUCUAACACCAAGAAACCUCUCUUCUUCUAUGUCAAUCUUGCUAAGAGGUACAUGCAGCAGCAUAAUGAGGUUGAACUUUCUGCUUUGGGCAUGGCGAUCACUACGGUUGUCACAGUUGCUGAGAUUUUGAAGAAUGGUGGAUUUGCCACAGAGAAGAAGGUUUUAACAUCCACAGUUGGAAUGAAAGAUGAGGCUAAAGGCCGCAUGGUUCAGAAAGCAAGAAUUGAGAUUGUGUUGACGAAGAGCGAGAAGUUCGACAAGCUGAUGACACCAAACAAUAAUAAUAAUAGUGAACGUGCAGCAGCACAAGAUGGUGCAGCAACAAACAAGAAUACUAAUACUAAUGACACUAAGGAGCAAACCAAGAAGUAGAGAAACUACUCCUUUGUUGUGUCAAAUCUCAUUCUUACUGUAUCUCAGUCUAGAUAUGAGGAUGCUACAUAUCAUACUAUCCUGCUAUUAUUUCUUUAAAAUAUUUGUUAUUAUUAUUUAUUACUAUUAUGUUAAAAGUUAGAGAGGCUAAACACAGAGUGACAGCAUAAGCAACCCUCAACAAAGAAUGCUGUUUGUGAGUUGAAGCUUUUAGGAAUUUUGCCUCUAUAUGACUUAUGGAGUUCGUCACAUUUUGCAGUUCCCUUUUUCAAACUUGUAUCUCCCAAAGAUAUAGCACAUAUAUAAUAUGAUUGCUGUUUUGUUU